AUGGGGCUGACCCCACAUGACGGCUCUGAGGGUGUGGGCGGCUGGCACAGCGGUGGGGGUGUGUGUGAGAACAUGGGAGCCACGGGAGAUGGGGAUUCUUCGGUGCCGUCCGAGUCCACUGUCGGCCGAAAUGCCGUCGUGCGGAGCCUGACCGGGUGUGCGUUUGGCUGCCGAGUCCCAGACCUCGUCCUGCUUCCCGUGGCCUCUUGGCUCCGGUGGUCGGCGUCGGCUGGGCGAGCCGCCCCACGGGGGUGGCUGCGGGUGGGCGGGCGGCUGACUGUGUCUCCUGCAGGGCCCGGCGUGGCACGGCGGCCGUUCGGGGCCACGUUUGUGUGGAGCAGCAUCGUGGGCGCCCUCCGUGCACAGGUGGAGGUGAAGAGGCGGCGGCACGGCCUGUGGCGGCAUGACAGCUGCUUCGUGGGUUCGGAGGCUGUGGACGUGGUCUCCGCGCACCUCGUGCAGAACAAGUACUUCGGCGACGCGGACAUUCCUCGGGCCAAGGUGGUGAGGGUGUGCCAGGCGCUGAUGGACCGCAAGGUGUUCGAGGCGGUGCCCACCAGAGUCUUCGGGAGGGACAGGAAGGCGACCUUCGAGGACAGCAGCUACAGCCUCUACCGGUUCAUGGCGACACCCGGCCCGGACGACCGCCUGGGCUGUGAGGAUGGGGGAACCCGGCCAUCCAGGUACGUGGAUGUGCUGUCUGCGUCAUCGGACGACAGGUCGGCCCGUCUGGAAGACUUGUGGGAGAGUCUGAGCCUGGCGCCCUGCAGCCCGCCGCACAUCAGCGCCCCGGCAAGCCUGUCUCCCCAGGUUGUUGGCGAAGUGUGGCGGGAGGAGGCCCUCGGGCGGCUCCUGCAACUCAUCGACCUCCCGCUACUCGACUCCCUGCUCCGGCAGCAAGAGCUCAUCGCCAGAGGCCCUGCGUCCCAGCGGCAGCCCGACACGGUCAGCAGCGUCUACCUGGACCGAGGCGUCCUCAAGGCGUACAGCGACUCUCAGGAAGAUGAGUGGAUCAUCGCAGCCGUGGACUGCCUGGAAUACCUCCCAGACCAGAUGGUGGUGGAAAUAAGCAGAAACUUCCCUGAGCAGCCGGACCGUACAGACUUGGUGAAAGCUCUUUUGUUCGAUGCCAUCAGCAGGUACUACAGCGGCCGGGAGCCCCUGCUGAGUCACCUGUGUGAUGUUCACAAUGGAAUCGCAGAACUCCUGGGUAAGUGGGAUCGUCCUGGACACGAGAGCUCACCCUUUGAAGGAAGCCAGAAAAAGAGGACUGACCCCAGCAUUAACCAAAACAGCGCUGCUCCAAGCUGA